AAAAGAGAAGAAGAAGACCUUAGACAUAGCAACAAGAAGCCUAGAGAGAAUAGAGAUCCGUGAUCGAUCGGUAUGGGACACCAUUCUUGCUGCAAUCAACAGAAGGUUAAGAGAGGGCUUUGGUCCCCUGAGGAAGAUGAGAAACUCAUCAGAUACAUCACCACUCAUGGCUAUGGUUGUUGGAGUGAAGUUCCUGAGAAAGCUGGGCUUCAAAGGUGUGGGAAGAGUUGUCGCUUGAGAUGGAUUAAUUAUUUGAGACCUGACAUUAGAAGAGGCAGGUUUACACCAGAGGAGGAGAAGUUAAUUAUUAGCCUCCAUGGCGUCGUAGGCAACAGAUGGGCUCACAUUGCAAGCCACUUGCCUGGAAGAACUGACAAUGAAAUAAAGAACUACUGGAAUUCUUGGAUCAAAAAGAAAAUUAGAAAGCAUUCAUCAUCAGUGUCUUCAACCACCAACAUUGUACAAAAUAAUGUGGAUCACUCCCAGUUCAAUUAUAAUUCCAAUAACCUAGAUCAUCACCUAGCCAACCAAGAAAACUUAACAUCAAAUAAGCCACCAUUAAUUCAACAAGAAACAACCUUGUUUUCCUCCACAUGCCCCUUGUUCAUGUUUGAGCCUACUUCACUAGAUCAUGUGACAGUAACAACAACAGACAGCAAUAUUAAUAAUGUGAGAGUCUCAGAACACUUGAUUCAAGAUGCUGAAACAUCAUGGAACUUGAGCAACCAUCAUCAAUUGCAAGUUCAUGCACUUCCACCUCCAUCAACAACUUUCACUAUGGCUGUGGGCUUGGACAACACUAAUUAUCUUCCACCUUUGAUAGAGAACAUGGAAGAGGAAGGAGAUAUAACUCUAGAGUGUUUUCAGAGACAAGGAUUGCAUUUGAAUGAGUGGGUGGAAACCCAGCAACAACAAUGUCCUAACUUUCUUUUCUGGGACAAUGUUGAAGGACAUUUUGGUGGGGGAGAACUAGCACCAAAUUCAUCAAAUAUGGGAACAAUUACAAACACAACACUUUCUCCUUUUCCUUCUUCUUUCUCGUCACCUCCAUCGCCGGCGCCGCACCUCGCAACCAUGAUCAUUUCGGAGAAGAACCGUAAAGAGAUCUGCAAGUACCUCUUUCAAGAGGGAGUUUGCUUUGCGAAGAAGGACUACAACUUGGCGAAGCACCCAGACAUUGAUGUGCCGAAUCUGCAGGUGAUUAAGCUCAUGCAGAGCUUCAAGUCUAAGGAGUAUGUCAGGGAAACCUUUGCUUGGAUGCACUAUUACUGGUUCCUCACCAAUGAUGGCAUUGAGUUUCUCAGAACCUAUUUGAAUCUCCCAUCUGAAAUUGUGCCUGCUACCUUGAAGAAACAGGCUAAGCCACCUGGUAGACCAUUCGGUGGUCCACAGGGUGAUCGCCCUAGGGGUCCACCACGCUUUGAAGGAGAACGUAGGUUCGGUGGUGACCGUGAUGGGUACCGUGGAGGUCCCCGAGGUGGUGACCUUGGAGGUGACAAGGGAGGAGCUCCUGCUGACUACAGACCUUCUUUUGGGGGUCCUGGUGGAAGGCCUGGCUUUGGCCGUGGAUCAGGUGGCUUUGGAGCACCAACCAGCUCAAAUGAUGCUUAAGCAUAAUGGUUUCUGCUUUGUUUUGGCCUAGUUUUGUUAACUAGAUUGGCUUGUCGUUGUAGUCAAUGAUAGACUCCCCCGCCAGAAAAUUGUUUUAUCGAACAUGGCACUUUAUAUUUUUAUUAUUAAUGAAGAUUUUGAAUUUUGAA